AUGUGGCUCGGAGUCGAGUACGACGACCCAACGCGUGGCAAGCACAGCGGCGAGUACAAGGGCGAGCAGAUCUUCCAGGCCGCCCCGAACGCCGGAGCGUUCAUCAAGUUCGCCUCCGCACGGCCGCUCGUGGAAGGCGCUGAGCUCGUCGCCGCGCUUCAGGAACGCUAUGGCCUCCUCGAAGGCGAGGAUGGAGGAAGGGAAGGUGCCGAUGCGGUCCCGCUCGGCGACUCGGGGAUCGUGGUUGAAGCGCCAGGAAUGCGCGACGUCGCUCGGCGCAUUGGUCGGCUGGAACGGCUGCGCGAGGUCGGGCUCGAGAGCGAGUGGGUCACAUGUCUUGGCGGGAGCGAGCGCGAGCAUAAGCUCCUCAGGGAUCGCUUGAAAGGCGUCAGAACUAUCGACCUCUCGACCAACCUCAUCUCUAGCUGGAGGGAUGUUGGCGAGAUCGUGACACACCUCACAGGGCUCAAGGUGCUCAUCUUGAACCACUCCCGUAUCCGGAGCGUGCACGACACGUUUUCCUGUGAGGAGCUGAAGACACUUCGAUACGCCUUCGCAUCCGUCUCGGAGCUGCACCUGGGCCACUGUGGACUUAAGUGGGCCGAGGCGGUCGACAUCGCUUCGCUCUUUCCCGCUCUUGAAACGCUGUUUCUCAACCACAAUUCUGGCAUCGUGGAUUUCUCCACCCGCCAAGACCAGGAUGUCAGGGCCUCCAUGUCCAGUCUGAAAGUGCUCAGCAUUGACGGGUGCGGCGUUGACUCGUGGUCUGAGGUGGCUAGAGGUCUAUCCGCACUCCCAGCCCUCUCCGCUGUUCAGCUCUCGGAACUGACUAUCACUACCAUCUCUCCACGUCACUCAUCACUGACCUUCCCCCAUCUCACCCGCAUCACUCUCGGAGACACGCACAUCUCCACGUGGGCGGACAUCGACCGCCUCGAUGACUGGACGGGAGGGCGGCUAGCAAGCCUGCGUAUCUUUUGCGCCGGCCACGAAGACGGCGUGCCGAAACAGACGACCGAUCCCCUGUGCAUGAGUGGAGACCCGCGCGCCGACCGACCGCUCCUCAUCGCCAAGCUUGCUAGCUUGACGUCGCUCAAUGGGUCCAAUGUCACCUUAACCGAGCGCUGGGACUCCGAGCUCUUCUACGUCCACUACGUCGACCGCCUGCCAGUUGCUGAACGUGUAACGUGGGGCCGCUACGCUGAGCUCGUAAAGAAGCAUGAUAUUGCGCCCAAGGCACUGGUCCCUAAACCCGCGUCCAACCUCAAGUCCAAGAUGAUCAGUAAGGUUUGGGCCGGCCUAGAUCUAACGCCAGAUCUUAAUGUCAUUGCUCCUAACGGUAUGACCAUGACCCUCCGCCUUCUGCCCUCUGCCACUGCUGCCUCCCUCCAGAAGCGCGUGGCACGACAGCUCAAGGUUCCCGCAGUACGGGUUUGUACUGCGCGCCCUCACCCUGAGGCACCAGAGUCCAUCGGCACAUGGGAGCCGGUGGAGAAGAUGGACGAGGGCGAGGAGAUUGGAUACUGGGUGGGCGACGGCGACACCGUUGUCGUUGUUGUUUAG